AUGACCCGGUCAAAGUCGAUUGCCGCCCCAUCCAUCGCCCCGGACACCCCUCUUGUUGCCCUCCAAGAUACCGAGCCGACCUCGAAGCCCUCCUCGCCCAAGUCGAUGCACUCAGCCGCGCCCAAAGCCCGACCCGAUGACACCGACACCGUACCGACGACGAUGCCGAAGAAGAAGCCGAAGACCAAGGAGCACCCCUCAAAGACGUGGAAGACGCUAUGGAUCAAGAUGAUGAGCACAACUAGGAUCCCAAACGUGUCUUUUGUUGCUGCUAACUUGCAGUCAAUCAAUGAAGGCCGUAAGCGUGCGUCUCUUUUCUCCAGUCUCCGAUCCCAUAACACCGAUGUCUUUCUCCCGAGCAAAACUGGCCGACCUACCCCGGAACGGGUUGGCCAGUGGACUCAGGCGUGCCGAGACUUGAAGCUUUCUGCUGUUUUCACUCCUUUUAACAACACUGCCAUACUCUGGAAGAGCGACUCGCCGGUCGUUACUAUUGACCCGGAGUCGCCUCCCAACAAUCUUCGUGCUUCCUUCCCUUUCCUGGACCGAGUCUCCGACGCCACUUUCUGUGUGGGUGACUCAAAAGUCCGGGCUGUAUCAAUAUACGCGCCCUCUUCCGACAAGCCAAACAAAAAAACACUUCCUCUCUCACCUCAGCACCGCCCUCCGUCGACUGACGACGACCCCUCCCCGGGGCCUGCGCUCCUCGUCGGGGGCGAUUGGAACUGUGUUGAGUCCCAACUCCUCGAUUCGGAAAACCAAAAUGGCACGAAUUACGGGGCUCAGGAGAUGCGUGAUCUUGCCAUUCCGAACAACCUCUCCGACGUCUAUCGCUUCCACCACCCCAAAGGACGAGCCACAACGAACCGCUCGGCGCCCGGCACUUGCCGAUGCCUCGACCGCAUCCAUGUCUCGCCUGACUGGGUGGACCUCUUUCGCGACCACAAAAUCUGGGCUCCUGUCCUUGAAUCCACUCAUUCGAUGGUGGUCACACGAUUCCAGAUCCCGGGCGCCAUCGACAUCGGUCCGGGCAAAUUCACCUGUUUCAGACUUCUCCAUCCAGACUAA